AUGAACGAUGGAAUCAAUAAUGCCGGUUUUUAUGGUGGCGGCCACGAUGACCUUUGUAUUGUUUCGUAUCAUGACGGUAUUUACCAUAAUAGCGUUUGUUGUGUUGAUUAUGAUAACCGGAAUGGUGCUUUUGACGAUGACCACGAUGACGGUCAUAAUGAGGAUGUUGAACAUAACGUCCACAUUUGUGGUGGUGGUGAUAGUCAUUGCAGUUGCAAUGUUGACUAUAAUUGUGGGAACGAUAUUCAUGAUGAUCAUAAUAGUAGUCAUCGGCAGAGAAACAAUUACUCUGAGAGAAUGUUCGGAGAUACGCAGCAUUACAAACUCCCUACAUAG